UGAUUUAUUACUCCCUCUGUAUUCUUUUACAUGACGUUUUAUAGUUUACACACAAAUUAAGGCAAAUUGCUACAAAGUCAUUUCUAUCCUUUUCAGUAAUUGACCAUCAUCUAACGUAACACAUUAUUCCAUAUUGAAACUCGAGUUUGUUAGUUUACAAAAAAAAAAAAAAAAAAAAAAACUCGAGUUUGUUGACUAGAAAUAAUAACAUGAGGGUAAAUAACGCCAUAUCUUAUCAUAUUAUGCAUAGUUUUUUGAAAACGUCAAAUAUAAUGAGACAAAAAAAGAGUCUAAAACGUCUUGUAAAAGAAUACGGAGGGAGUAAUAUUUACUCUGUCCACACCAAUCGGGAUAGCGUAUAUUAUUCGUUCUGGUUCCUAAUGGGGUAACAUCACAUGAUUCACAACUCUCCCCCACCACACUGUCUCAAUUAAAUAUGGAUCGUGGAUCUAAACACAUUAGUUACGACGUAAUUAAAGCGGUUAGUUUCGGUUUAAAAUGGUUUACUUCUACAUAAAAAUCAACCAACCGAGUUAAUCUCGGUUUGGUUUGGUUUAGUAGAUCACAUAACAAACACUUCAGACAACAAGUAUAAAAGUCCAGACACAAGUACAACUCACAACUCCACUUACAAAAGACAAAAAUGGCAAUCAACCGUAAUUUAAUUAUCUUCGCAGGGUUAUUAGCGUCUUUUUCACUCGCCAGUUUCCCGGCAAACGUUGCCGGCGAGCCACCUCUCUUGUUCACCUUCGGCGACUCUUCCUACGAUGUAGGCAACACCAAGUUCUUCUCAUCAGCGUUCGAUCCGGCCACCACCUGGCCAUACGGCGAGUCCAUCGACUUUCCGACCGGUCGUUGGUCUGACGGCAACAUUGUCCCAGAUUUCGUUGGUCGAUUGGUUGGUAAUCACGAACCGGUACCUCCGGUUCUUGAUCCAAAAGCUGAUCUCUCUCGUGGAGCAAGCUUUGCCAUUUCUGGAGCAACUGUUCUUGGAUCUCCAUCUGACACUAUGAGUUUCGGACAACAGAUAUUGAAGUUUAUUGAGUUACAUAAGAAGUGGAGCGAUAAAGAACGAGCAGAAGCUAUAUACAUGAUCAACAUCGGAGCUGAUGAUUACUUAAAUUUCGCCAAGGCUCAUCCAAAUGCUAAUCCUGUGGAGCAAGUUGCUUUUGUUGCCCGUGUUCUUCAAAAGCUAUCCAGAGAUCUAAUGAGUUUGUACAAGUCAGGUGGGGCGAGGAAGCUUGCGGUACAGAACUUGGGACCGCUUGGUUGCUUACCGAUAGUGAGACAAGAGUUUAAGACAGGUGAAAGUUGUAUGGAGAUGGUUAACUUUAUGGUGAAAACACACAAUGAACGGCUUGGUCCUGUGCUCUUUGCUAUGACCGUACGAUUCCGUAGCUUACGGUACAGCGUCUUUGAUUUCAACGGUGAAAUUCUCCGAAGGAUCAACGAACCAUCACGCCACGGGUAUACUGAUACGACGACAUCUUGCUGUGGUACUGGAUCGAGAAAUGCGUUCGGGUGUGGUUAUAGCAACGUGCAUUCGAAACUAUGCAGUUACCAGAAGGGAUUUUUGUUCUUUGACGGGCGUCACAACACUGAGAAAACUGAUGAAGAGAUUGCCAAUCUGUUCUAUGCUGGAGACAAACAUGUUGUCUCUCCGGUGAACAUAAGGGAUCUUGUAGGUAAAUCGGUGACUUUUCUUCCAGCGCAAGAAAUCUAGAAAAGCCCUAGUUUCGUUCUGGUUGACUGUUUCUUUGUGAAAUAAGUAAACGGCUGUUUGUUUGUAAGCUAUAAAACUCAUUUUCAAUUGAGAAUAAACAAAAAGUACCGUUUCUUGAUUAUGAUCUUCAAAAUCUUGCAACAAUCUAUGUAAAUCUUCAAAUUAUUAUUAUCAUACAACCA